AUGAAUGAAGAAUCGGGCGGCAUGGAGCCGCCCUCUGAUACAGGACAGUCCAACUUCAUUACAAAUAGUUCAUCAAAAUCAAACAAUGAAUCACAAGAUAAUAGCCCCAGUUCACGUAUUCACUUGAUCAUCAUAGGCAUCCUAAUCUGCAAGAAAACUCAAGAAAAUGUUAGGAGUUGUGAAGUCUGUUGUAUGCAAGCAAUGUCACCUGCCAUGUUCAGUUGCACCAGUAAGCAAAGACCCAGGUGA